AUGACCACCCAAGACGACGCAGCACUGCCCACCACACCAUCAGACCUUCACUCUUCGCGGCCUCCAAGGCCCAAAAAGCCCAAAGCCGGGAACCCAAUCUCGGUCGCCGUGCAGAGAUGGACAGCCUUGCCCCAGGUCGCCCAGAGGUUGCAGGCCGUCGCCGUCUCGCCAACGGCCCUGGUCGACUCGGCGCCGAAGCGCUGGGUCGUCUACGAGCCCAUGGCUCUGCUGCCCAGCGGCAGCUUUGCAUCGGAUGACUGGCGCGUGGUAUUGGACGAGCGCUUAGCUGACUGUGCUGAUGGUGGUGGCGAUGACGCAUCCGCGCCGGGAGGAGAAAUGUGUGUAGUAGGCGACGGCGCAUCGCCGCGGGAAAACAUACUGCGCAGCCCCAGCGGCCUGCGCAUCCUAUAUGGGGAUUUUGGCCCGGGGGAGGCGCUGCUAGCCCGCUCCCCCCAGCCGCCGCGACGAGAUUGCGGGGACAACGACGACAAAGUCGAGGAAGCAAUCUCAGACCGGGACUUUGACCUCGCCCUGUGGGUCUCGACCAAGCAAAACGGCAUCUACCAGACGUGGGCGCCGCGGUGGACAAUGUUCAGCCGCGGCAACGUCAAGGAGAAGGCACGACUGCUGGCUUUUCACGACAACGACCAAAGCUCGUCCAUGCGAGGAUCAACAGCAGCGCCGCCCUGGGCGGUGGACCUCUACGCGGGCAUCGGGUACUUUGUCUUCUCGUACGCCAAGCUCGGCAUGCGCGUCCUGUGCUGGGAGGUGAACCCGUGGAGCGUCGAGGGGCUGAGGAGGGGCGCCCGACGCAACGGGUGGAAGAUCAAGGUGGUCAGGGGCAGGCGGGACCUGGCCAGGCCGACGCCCGACCUGAUAGACGACGACGACCGCAUCGUCGUGUUCCUCGAGAGCAACGUCGAGGCCGCGAGGAGGCUGAGGGAGCUGCGCUCUUCUUCUCCGGACGACGGGGUGGGCUUCUCAAAAAAUGUGCUUCACGUCAACUGCGGAUUUCUGCCAGCCAGCCAGCCGAGCUGGGAAGGGGCGGUGGAUAUCGUCCGCAGCACGGAGGGGAGCUGGCUUCAUCUGCACGAGAACGUGGCCGACCACGACAUUUCAGAGCGUGGCAAGGAGAUCGAGACGCUGAUCACAAGCCACAUUGACCAAGCUAGAGCUUCGGAUGGUGACGACCUGCCCCGACGGGUAGCUCUGGAGCACACUGAGCUGCGUAAUGCCAUCAAGCGGCAUAAAGGAUAUCUAUCGCCGACCCGUGAAUAUCUCGAGAACUACGUGACUAACAUAUCAGACAGGUUACCUGAGCUGGCAGAUUUGAGGCUAGCAAACCCUCUCCAGACCCAAAUGCCGCACAAGUGCAUCCAAGUUGCUUUAUGA